AUGAUGCAAAAUUCUUCUUUAUCGUCUUUCCGGGUUGAUCAUCUUCCUGACGACAUGUUUGACAUUUCUUGUUAUGGGGAUGAGAAUGAUUACGACUAUCUAGAUCUUGAUUUCAAAAAAAGGAAUUAUUCAGCUGCCACUAUAUGUGGUUCAACGUCCGUCAAGUCAGAGGAUGCUUCAACCAGCUACUCUAGCAUCCAUUCUCACUGUAGAAAUGGAUUGAACCGUCUUUUGAGAAGAGAUUACCCUAUUCCACGAACCUCCAAGAGGUCCUAUGAAAAUAUUAGAUCUUAUUCUUCAAAAGUUGAAGCUGAAGAUGAUGAGGCUGUCUAUCAAAAUAUUGUAUCAUUCCAAAACUCAGAAGAUACUUCUCAUUUGUAUGCUCGACUCUUAUGUUCUGUGUUAUUGCAAGUAUUGGACUCAUUCGAUGGUUCUCGACGAUUAGCCAAAAUAGAAAAGUCGAUUGAAAAAGUUGUGGGUAUCGAUACGGAAAAACGCUUAGAUCUUCUCAAUUAUGAAGAAAAAAAGGAACAUAUCUAUUUCUUCUGCAAACAAGUGGAGAUAGCUCUCCGUCGCAUAAACAGUAGCUCCUUGGUCACGUAUAGAAGAGUUUCCGACGAACUCUGUGCAAUUUUAAGCUCUGCUCGUAGACCUCAGAAAUCGAAGUUUCAGAAACUAACAAAUAGCUUUAAAAAAGUAUUUUAUUUCUGA